UUUAGCCGGUGUAGUUCGAGUUAAUCGACAAUUCCUGAGAGCCUGAGUAUCAAGCUUGAUACUCUGUCAGAGUAUCAAUAACUAACCGUAGAAGAUAGCCGUCGAGCCUUGCGGCCCAUCUCUGCUUUCGGUGCUCUCCAUUCUUUCCUCUCUUCCCUUCUUUAAAAAAAAAAACAAACCCACGUGAAAGUGUCCCAAAAAUCUUGCAGAAGAGAAGCAGAGAAGAAUCUCUCUCUCUCUCUCUCUCUCUCUCUCUCUCAUGGUCAUGGCAUCUUCUGCAGCUACAUGGACAUGGUCAUGGAAUGCAACCACCCUCUCUUCUCCUUCUUCAUCUUUUUCCACCUUCCAAUCCAGAUACAAAAGAACCCAUCUCACCAAAUUCUCAUUAGACGAUUUGACCCCUUCUUCUUCUUCCUCUUCUUCUUCUCCUUCAGACUCCAUCUCCCAAGCCCGAAAAGGAAGCAAUAGCAACAUAAACAACCCUUUAACAAAACCCAAAUCGGAUUCCUCGUUACGGAAGCGACCGACCCAAAUUGGCAGAUCGGCUGAUGCAAGCUUCUUUCCUGUCGGCGGGGGCGCCAAUGAAGAGAUGGAGUCUGUUCUCCCCCCUGUUCAGCAAUUGGGGCCGUGGAGACUGGUGGGAUUGAAGCUGUUUUUCAGGAAGCGUCCGUUGUGGAAGCGGAUUUUCUUCGCUUCCAAGAAGGUCAGGAGUAUCAUUUUGCUCAACGUUCUCACCAUCAUUUAUGCGAGUAACAUCCCAGUCAUUAAGGAGGUAGAGGAGAUAAUGGAUCCAGCUCUCUUCACCGUUGUUCGGUUCACCGUUUCAGCCAUCCCAUUUCUACCAUUUGUAUUAAAGGCUCGUGGGGAUGGCCAGAUCCGUGCCGCUGGGACGGAGUUAGGCAUGUGGGUCAGUUUGGCCUACAUUACUCAGACCCUUGGAUUAGUUACAUCUGAUGCUGGACGCGCGUCAUUCAUUACUGCAUUCACAGUAAUUGUUGUACCUUUGAUUGAUGGCUUGUUAGGAGCAAGAGUGCCUACUCUUACUUGGUUCGGAGCGCUUACAUCACUCAUAGGGGUUGCAAUGCUUGAAUCCAGUGGAUCUCCUCCAAGUGUUGGGGAUAUUUUGAACAUCUUGAGUGCCAUCUUUUUCGGCAUCCAUAUGCUUAGAACUGAACAUAUUUCAAGAAUCACAAAGAAAGAAGAUUUCUUAGCUCUUCUUGGAUAUGAGGUCUUCGUCAUUGCUUUAGUAUCAGCAAUUUGGUAUUUCAUCAUGGAUGGAUUUGGUGAGAUGCAUGGAUUGACAUUAACGUCCUGGUCAUGGAUGACAUUGCGGGAUUUGAUGGCUUCAUUUCCAUGGAUACCUGCACUCUAUACUGGCAUAUUUUCAACUGGGUUAUGCUUAUGGGUAGAGAUGGCAGCCAUGUGUGAUGUAUCAGCUACAGAAACUGCCAUAAUUUAUGGAUUGGAGCCAGUUUGGGGUGCUGCUUUUGCAUGGUUCCUUCUUGGUGAAAGGUGGGGGAUCACUGGAUGGAUUGGGGCUACCCUUGUACUGGGCGGCAGCUUAACAGUGCAGAUCUGGGGCUCAUCACCUAAGAAAACCAAGAAAGAUGAAGAGAUCCCUUCAGAAAAACAAGAUAGUUUCUCUGUUGCAACGGUUGUCGUCAGCUCCAGAAAGAAUUCUGGGAAGCAGUUCAAGAGCAAGUAAGCCAAUUUGGUUUUGGUAGUUGGCGUAAUCCAUGUAAAGCCUUUUGUUUCUGUUUUAUAUCUCGUCAUUAUUAAUAAGAUCGAUAUGCAUUGCCAUGGGAGGCUCUAUUCCGUCUUCUUGCCCUUCUCGGGCAUGCUCAUGCAUGUGUAUAUAUAUAUGAUCACACCUUUACAUAAAUGGAAAUCGAUAGAGCUUCUUGGAAUUUGCUUUUC